AACGGGUCCAUCCGGUAUGGACACGCCCACUUCCCGCUCUGCCAAUAGGACAAAAGCUGACCUCACCUUGGCACACGUGCGCACACGGACGUCGCGUCGGAGAUGGCUAAAGUGGCUGAGAUAGUUGGAGACAAAGUGGGGGACAUGGUGGAGGGCAUACUGAAGAAAGCUCUAGGUGCCAAAGACACGGACAAAGACAAGGACAAAGGAGGCUUUGGCUCCUUUUUCCGAGGAGACAAGAAGAAAGACGACGACGACGACGACAACAAGGGAAGCUUCUUCUCCAAAAUCUUUGACAGAGACGACGACGACGACAAGAAGGCCAAGGCGUCGGGUUUCGACGGAUUGUUCAGCGAGCUAGACAGCCCGGGGGGAGGGGCAGGAGGCGGAGCGGGCGGCACGGGAGGCGGAGCCGGCGGCGCGGGAGGGGGAGCCGGCGGCGCGGGAGAUUUGUUUGGCGAUUUGCUGGAAGUUGCAGAAGAAGUAUCCGAAGGAAAGUAGAGCCGCAGGCGGGAAGUCCUCGCGCCCGCCCGCCGUCAGGCCGCCUUUCCUGCAAUCUUGCGCUCGUCCAUUUCGUCAGACGACGCUACACUGAGCAACCUUAAAAGCACGUUUGAGUGUCCACGUCGUUGUUUUAGCCAGGCUUGAAACCACGAUAGACAGUACAAACAAAAGCUAGCUUAGUAGAUAGCAGAAAGACACUGUCCUUGCCAACUUGUUUUGCUGUGAAUAAAUAUCUUUACAAAAGUGCUUUGACUGUCAUCGUAUGGCUGACUAUGUGAACAUAUGGACGAGAGCUAGCUUUUGUUAAGAACCUCCCGAUUCGAUUCAGUUUCGAUUCUAUAGGUUGUGUUUUGAUUUGAUAUUUCUUUAAAUGCUUGGAUGUUGAUUCAGUAAGAAGCAAAUAAUGAGUUGACAGUAUUUAAAGGUUUAUUUUCAUGCCUAUGUGAUCAUAUGGAAUGUCACAUCACAGUUUUGAGCAAUAAAACAGAUUUUUCCUUUU